AUGAGCAACCAAGAACUCACGGGCGUCAUGGUCGCCCUGAUCACCCCCUUCACAGACGACGGUAGCAAGAUCGACGAAGCCCGUCUCAAGUCCCACAUCGACCGACUGCUUCAAGCUGGUGUGCACGGCCUCGUCCCCGGCGGCAGCACGGGAGAAUUCACAGUCCUGUCCCUCGCGGAGCGCAAGCAACUCACCGAGCUCUGCGUCAAAUACGCCGCGGGCCGCGUGCCCGUGGUCGCCGGCACAGGCGCCACCUCGACGCAGGAGGCAGUCGAACUGGCCAAGCACGCCGGUGAAGUCGGCGCCGCCGCAGUGAUGGUCGUGCCCCCUUUCUACGACCCCGUCAACUACGAACAGCUCACGGAGAUGAUGAGCGAGAUCCACACCGAGUCGAAGCUGCCCAUCAUGUACUACAACAUCCCGUCUGCUAGCGGCCUGACCUUGACGCCGCAGCAGAUCGCGGACCUGUCGAAGGUCGGCGUCAAGUACCUCAAGGAUACAUCCGGCAAUGCGCCGGCGUACACAGAGCUGGUCUUUGGCUUGUCGGAUAAGAUCACCGCGUUCAACGGCUGGGAUACCCUCACGUUUUAUGGUUUGGCGGCUGGGGCGCCUGGCUGUGUCUGGGGUGCCGCGAACGUUAUCCCGGAGUUGGCGGUGCAGCUGUGGGAGGCUAUUGCUGUGCAGGGUGAUUUGAAGCGUGGUAGGGAGCUUUGGGCCAAGGCUUUCCCUAUCUGCAAGUUCCUGGAGUCGCAUAACUAUGCUGCUGCGGUCAAGACUGGUGUUGAGUUGACUGGUCAACCCACUGGUGGUCUGCGGAAGCCCUUUGCCCUGUUAGCAGACCAGCACAAGGCUGAGUUGACGUCGCUUAUGCAGUCGGCCGGUGUUAAGACUGUUUAA